UUUAUCACUAUUAGUUUUUCUUUUUCACAUUUGCUAAAUUGCAAACCAUUUAGGGAAGCGCAAGUUCACUAUUGCUUUACAUACUGUGGUGGGUAAUGGACAAUCCGCAAAAGUAGAAGUUAUGUCUAAACGUAAUAAAAAUUCUGAUGGUUAUACUGACAAAAGUGUUACUGUUGGAAAAUGUGAUGGUAUUGGUGAUGACAUUGAAAAAUGUGUUUCCUAUAAUGUCAUGUCUGAAAAUUUUGGAAAUGUGUUUGCUACCAAUGAUGGAAGUAGGAUAUCUCCCAUGACAACCAGAAGCGCAGGAUUAUCCAGGGAAGUCUCAUGGGGUCUCCAUGUGUUGGAGCCAGAGGUUUUCCAGGAUGGUUGUGGUGCUACUCUGGUAAAACAAGGGAAGACUGUGUCACACAGUGAGUGUGUGUGUGGGCGCAGCCCCACAACCCUAAGUGUAACCCAGUUGUCAAGGAGUUAAUUCAGCCUGCAAAAGCUGAAAGUGCAGAGCUGUAUGUGUCAGUAGCGCCCCAGAGCAGGUAGAGCAAAAGCAUGUAUUACAGCCUGCCUUGUCAGACGUAUCAUCCCAAUGUGAGAAGUAUAGAAGUGACACAGAUUAUGUUUUAGCUAGUGAAUCCCAGGUUCCUGUGGGGUCUUCUAGACCAGAUGAUGGAACCACAAUGGACUGGGAUAGUUGGUAUGAAAAUGCAAUCGCAAUACUAAAUAAUGUGGUGGACAUAACACCUGCUAUGCCCAAUGGAGGGAUCGCAGAUCAGCUGGUGCUCAAGGACAUGUUUUCUCCUGCGAAGGUUAAUGCCCUCCAGUCUGAAGGAACAGUUCAGGGCGCCGGCAUAGCAGAUGUGUUGUCCACAACCCAGCAACUAAGUAAUUGCAAGUGUCAAGGUGACAGUGCGACUUGUAAUGACCUGCAGAGGCUCAUUGAUACUGGUGCAGAAGGGAUCAGUGUGAGACAUGUGUCUGACAGCGCUCCAGGGGAGCAACAGGUGGUGAUGGGUACCUCCCUGGAGGUGGAGGUCUCUUCAUAUGUCUCAACCUUUCAACCUGCAGUGGAUGAGCCCCUCCAUGUCUUGGACAGGGAAAAAGUCCCUAGAAAGGUCUGGUAUUUAGACAUGGGUUGCAUAGAGAUGACAAAAACCUUAUUAGAAAUGUUGGAGUUGGUAAAAACGCACUCGCUGUACACUUGGGUGUCUCCACCGCAGACGGACCAGGUUGUGCUGCGUAGUACCAAUAGGUGGAGCCAGGUGGUACAGGCUGUGCAGGGAAACUUUGAUCAAGAGUGGUAUUGGUGGGUCCAAUGUUUAUUAACAGUGUGGCAAAUAGUCCUGAGGUUCUCUAAGAGGGUGCCCCCCGUUACUGAAUGGUAUGGAAGGCGCUCAGACUUGUUGGAGACAUCAAAUGCCUCUCUGGCUGGUGUAGUGACUAGAAACCUCCCUGCUGGUGUGGUCUGAGGUGCAGCUGAGCAGUGGCCAGUAGAGGGCGCAGAUACUGUCUCACCAGCUAAACCUCAUGAGAAGGAAGGGCCCAGAAUAGACGCAGCACUAGAAGAGACGCUUUCUAUCACUCAGAAAGAGGUACAACUUAAAGUACCCGGAGAUGCUGUGAGAGAAAGUACUAAGGUUGGUUUCUGCAACAAUGUAAUGUGUACAUCAGAAAGAAGUAGUUUGUGUGUGGAUCAGUGUCAUUUGUUAGAUCGGUUACCCAUGAAGUGUCAGACAACAGG